CCGUCGCCAGGCCCUGUACACUUGUCUAUGGCCUCCCCAACCAGUCCUUUAGUAGUAGCUGCCUGGACCUCUGGGGUGGUUUUCGUUUGUCAAUGUUUAAGGGUGUGGAGAACAGAGCGAAAAGAUGAGCAUAACACCUUCCUCUCCCGGCUGGUUCGACGUCGGCCGCGAGAAACCCUUCCAGCCAUCUACCCCGAACUUAAAACCCCCGUGACUGUUGACGUGUUGGAAGUGGGGUGGGUUAGCGCUUUCUUCACGCUUCUGGUCCCGUUUAUCCUUAUAUUGCCUGCGUUUGCGGGCUGUCGGAAAAAAAUUCUGGUAUUCAUCAGAGUCACUUUCUUCCUGCUACUCGGCCUCAGCAUAAUGUUGUGCAACUUCGGCCAGGACUGGGAGGUGGGGCAACUGACCACCAGGACCGCCUACCGUGCCGGAACAGCGCAGGAGAUCCGGGCAAAGGUCGGGGUGAGGCUCGGCUUGAGGUCUGUCAACAUCACUCUGAAAGCUGUUGAAAAACCCGAGGGUGAUUUAGCAGGAGAGAAAAUUGACUACAAUGAGAGAUUUUCCUGGACAUGGGCACAGGGCAGAGCUGGCUUUGGGCCUUUUGCGGGACAAAUACAACAGGACUUCAGGGCGGCUCAGCAAAGGGGCGUUCCAUAUCCGAUCCUGUGGGUGGCUGAAUAUUUUACGUAUGAUGGUGAAGGGUUUAGAUUCGGGCGUCACUAUCGCCUGUCUGGGUGGUACGCCCAUAUGUGUAUUUGGUUCGCCUUCCCCCUGUGGCUCUUGACGAUAAUUCUGGCCAAGAUAAACCUCAACUACGCUUCAAAGACGAUGAUACUGAUGGGCGUCUCCCUCACCUCCGCCGCUGUCAUAUGGGCGGCGCAUAGGAACCCCAUCGAACUGCAAGUGCCUUUUGAGGAUGAUAUUCUCACGACUCACUUCGGUGUUUAUUGGUAUCUGUGUCUGGCGGCUGGUCUCGUGUGCAUAGUGCUCGGCCUCGCGAUGUUUUUCCUCUCGGAUAAGUAUUACGAUGAACUAUCUUCGUUCUUCGGCAACAAUCCUUUGCAAUAUGUUGAGGAAGAGAUCGGUGAAGAGGAGACACAAGACAAACCAAAAUCAUCUAACGAAGUGGAAAUGGGAAGAAUGGAUAACCGCCAGCCAACUCUGAGAUACAGAACCCGAGCUCGAGGGACAAGCAUGUGGAAGGAGAAACCAUUGACAGUCAACCAGCCUCCUCGUCCUUUCUUGGGCCGUGUUGCCGAGAGUCACCAGAGAAACGUACCCGUGAACUACCAGCAACCACCGGCCGCCCAGGCCUUUGGCAACCAGGCAUACGACGACGACCAGGAAUACGACCAGAUUGACAACCAGGCCUACCAUCACCAAGGCUACAACCAGGGCUACCAACCGCGCACUCAGGGCUACCAACCGGGUACUCAGGGCUACCAACCGGGCACUCAGGGCUACCAACCGGGCACUCAGGGCUACCAACCGGGUACUCAGGGCUACCAACCGGGUACUCAGGACUACCCACCGACCCAGGGUUACCACACUCAGGGUUACGACCAGGGCUACGGACAAGGUUUCAACGACCCAGAGGACGAGGAAGAGCCUCUUUACUCCAACGUGGAGAGCUCGGCCAUGAAACCGCCUGUCGCGCCCCCACGCCCACCGAAGCCGAAGUACUAGGAGACAAAGUGCCAGUUGAGCGAAGAUCAUAACAAUAACAAUAACAUCUAUAACAACUGCAACAAUAACAUCUGUUAAAACCGCAACAAUAACAUCUAUUAAAACAGCAGCAGAAGUAAUAAUAUAUAUAUA